AUGCCGACCUCUCAAGGUCUUGUCUUGGCCACGGCCAUGGCCGUCUCCGCCGGCACCAUUUUCCUUUUCGACCACUUACGAGAAAAGUAUUUCCGCCACGCCCUCCAACUCUCCGAAAAUCAAGAUUCCACCCCUCGUCAGAAUCAAGAAUCCCUCAAGUCUUGCUUAUUAUCUCCAGGUUGUCUGAAAAGGGACAAAGGGCAGAGGAAAAACGACGGCAAGAAGAAAAAGAGGGUUCGAUUUUCGGAUGAGGUCAGAGAUUCGAAGGGCAAUGGCGAACUGUACAGAAAAGCAGGGAGAUGGUCGGAAUUCGGCGGUGGCCGGAGAAAUUCGUGCGGGGAGGAGGCUGUCGGAAUACCGAAAAUGCCCCCGAACCAUGCGGUUCUGUACAGUGGAAUUCUUAAAGAUCGUGUGCAGAGGAUGGAGUAUUCGUACUGA